GCUCAGUGGUGCUCGGUGGCUCGGUCGUGCUCGGAGGCUCAGUGGUGCUCGGUGGCUCGGUCGUGCUCGGUGGCUCAGUCGUGCUCGGAGGCUCCGUGGUGCUGGGCGGCUCGGUCGUGCUCGGUGGCUCAGUCGUGCUCGGUGGCUCCGUCGUGCUCGGCGGCUCAGUGGUGCUCGGUGGCUCAGUCGUGCUCGGAGGCUCAGUCGUGCUGGGCGGCUCAGUGGUGCUCGGAGGCUCCGUGGUGCUGGGCGGCUCAGUGGUGCUGGGCGGCUCGGUCGUGCUCGGUGGCUCAGUGGUGCUGGGCGGCUCAGUGGUGCUCGGUGGCUCGGUCGUGCUCGCUGGCUCAGUCGUGCUCGGAGGCUCAGUCGUGCUGGGCGGCUCGGUCGUGCUCGGUGGCUCAGUCGUGCUCGGAGGCUCCGUGGUGCUGGGCGGCUCGGUCGUGCUCGGUGGCUGAGUCGUGCUCGGUGGCUCAGUCGUGCUCGGAGGCUCCGUGGUGCUGGGCGGCUCGGUCGUGCUCGGUGGCUCAGUCGUGCUCGGUGGCUCCGUCGUGCUCGGCGGCUCAGUGGUGCUCGGUGGCUCAGUCGUGCUCGGAGGCUCAGUCGUGCUGGGCGGCUCAGUGGUGCUCGGAGGCUCCGUGGUGCUGGGCGGCUCAGUGGUGCUGGGCGGCUCGGUCGUGCUCGGUGGCUCAGUGGUGCUGGGCGGCUCAGUGGUGCUCGGUGGCUCAGUCGUGCUCGGCCGCUCCGUCGUGCUCGGUGGCUCAGUCGUGCUCGGUGGCUCAGUCGUGC